AGAAUGACACAUGUGCUGUUUCCUUUUCCAGUUGUAAAGGGGUCAGGAGCCAGGCAAGGAGAGCCUGAACAAGAGGAGCAUUUUCCUGGGCUCUUCCAGCUGUUCUGUUCAAUCCCGCCGUCGGUUCUGAGCAGGGAAGAGAGACUGUCAACACAAAUAAGGCAUUUUCAAAGGCGUAAAUUAUGAGUUACCAAAACAAUACGACAUCUCAACCACAUGGAGACAUCGAGAGCCCCACAGCUGGAACAGAUGUGGCUGUUAUUGGAGGUGUGAUUGCUGCAGUGGUAUUUGUCCUCAUCUGCCUGCUGGUAGUGAUGGUCCGGUACAUGUACAGGCAUAAGGGCACCUACCACACCAAUGAGGCAAAAGGAACUGAGUUUGCUGAAAGCGCAGAUGCUGCUUUAAAAAAUGACCCCGCUCUCCAGGAAGCAGUGGAUGAGAGCAAAAAGGAGUAUUUCAUCUGAGAGGCAAGGAUUUCCAUGGAGACUUCCCCAAGGGAAUCAAUCAGAAACGCUACAUCAACAGAAGCGCGAAGAGAUGGAUAAUAUCAGGGUACAGGCAAGCAUCCUAAUUGAAAAGUAUCUCUUUACUUUUUUUGUCACUGGGUUGUUUCUUUUCCUCUACUGGUGAAGAGCUAAAUGCCAGAUACUCGCCUGUUGAUUUUAUUAGCAACACAGCUGGUCACAGUUGAAAUCAAUAUCAGAUAAGAAGAAACAAAGUCUCAGUAUGAAUGAUACACCAAGACCAGAUAAAGAUAGCAAAUGCCAAGCCUUGACAUUUGGUGAAAAUAGCAGAUGCCAAUGGAAAACAUCCUCCCAGAGUUAAUGAUGCAUCCUAUGCUGAUAUGAUACAGAACUAACUGAAAUUGAAUUUCAAAUGGCCACAGAACAAACAUUAAACUAGAUAAAGCUGAUGUAGCUUUGUAGCCCAGAUAUCUCCCCUCUCCCCUUAAAUGUGUAAUUUUUUUGGCACAGGGGAGUUCAUUUUGUUUGU